AUGGCAAAUAUGUCUUAUAAUAAUCCACCUCAAUAUCAACAACAAGGAUUCCCUCAACAGCAACAAGGAUUCCCUCAACAGCAACAAGGAUUCCCUCAACAGCAACAGGGAUUACCUCAACAGCAACAGGGAUUACCUCAACAGCAACGGGGAUUACCUCAACAGCAACAGGGAUUACCUCAACAGCAAAAGGGAUUACCUCCACAGCAACAAGAAUUAUCUCCACAAGGAUAUUUUCCACAGCAAGGAUUCCCUUCACAACAGCAAGGAUUCCCUCAACAACAGCAAAUGUUUGUCCCCAAACAGCAGGGUAUUCCCCCAGAACAACAAGGUGUAUAUGUUCAAGGUGGUAUUCCUCCACAAUUUCCACCUCAACAGCCCAUAAUGUAUGCUGCCACAAACCAAAUGAAUCCUCAAGUUAUGAUUACUAAAGAAGCAAGAAGAGAAUGGAGAUUUGGCUUAUUUGAUUGCUUUGCAGAUUCCUCGUUGUGUUUAAAAACGUGGUGUUGUCCUUGCAUAACUUACGGAGAAAACAAAGAAAAAAUAUCAAACAGUCCAGGUUCAUGUGCAACUCAUGCUUUGAUAUUUUGUUGUGUUGAAUAUUGCCUUGGCUUAGGUUGUCUUCUGGGUGCAAUGACUCGUAAUGAAGCGAGAAAUAGGUAUCAAAUUGAAGGAACUGGAUUGGGAGAUUUUUGUACUCAUUUUUGCUGCAGUUGUUGCGCUUUGAUACAAGAAAAUCGGGAAGCUAAUUCAUUGCCAUAA